AGAGAGUAGAAAGCAGUGGUGAGGGAAGGCAAAAAUUCGGCUUUCAGUACACACAUUUCAUUGCAUAUCACAAUCCUCAAAACUCCAUUCUUACCUUCUCCAAUUUCCAAACCAACGCCGUCUUCUUCUUCUUCUUCUUCCAUAUCCCAUUCCCUUUCCCGGAAGUUCUCUUCAAUUUCCUCUCCAAGAUUCCUCUCAUUUCCCCCAUCUUCUUCACAAAUCCUCACUCUCUCUUCACUUUCCAUGUCUUUGAAGAGUAUAAUUCAGGAAAUGAGAUCCAGGUCCCGCCGCGUCGUUCAGGAUGGAUCCACGCCCGAACUCGGCGACGCUUUGGCCCAGAGCUGUUGGGCUUACAUGCCUCAGGAGUUGUUGAGAGAGGUUUUGGUUAGAAUCGAGAGCUCUGAGAAUGCUUGGCCUCCGCGGAAGACCGUAGUGGCUUGCGCUGGAGUUUGCCGGAGUUGGAGACGGAUUACUAAGGAGAUUGUUAAAACUCCUGAGGUUUCCGCCAGAUUGACGUUUCCUAUUUCCGUCAAGCAGCCUGGUCCAAGGGAUUUGCUUCUUCAUUGCUUCAUAAAACGGAAUCGAUCCGCACAAACUUAUUGCCUUUACCUUAGUUUGACUAGUGCACUUGCUGACGAUGGAAAGUUUCUUCUUGCUGCCCGUAAGUGUCGACGGGCCACCUGCACUGAUUAUAUAAUAUCUCUGCAUGCUGAUGACAUGUCCAAGGCAAGUGGCACCUUUGUUGGAAAAUUAAGAUCUAAUUUUUUAGGAACAAAGUUCACAAUCUUUGAUGGACAGCCACCUCAUGCGGGAGCCAAGAUUUCAAAAAGUCGUUCCUCUAGGCUUGUGGGCCUGAAACAAGUGUCGCCUAGAGUUCCUGCCGGCAACUACCCUGUGGCUCACAUCUCAUAUGAGUUGAACGUCUUGGGUUCAAGGGGUCCAAGGAGAAUGCACUGUGUAAUGGAUGCUAUUCCUGCCUCUGCAAUCGAGCCAGGAGGGGUGGCUCCAAUACAGACUGAAUUCUCGCCGAGUCGUAUAGACUUUCUUCCAUCAUUGAGAUUUUCCUGGUCAAAGUCGAAUCACACGGACAAUCAACCAUCGGGAUCUUCAACUAAUCAGAAAGAUGGAGUUCUAGUGCUUAGGAACAAGGCGCCUCGGUGGCACGAACAGCUCCAAUGUUGGUGUUUGAACUUCCAUGGGCGAGUGACAAUUGCUUCAGUGAAAAACUUUCAGUUAGUUGCUUCACCUGAAAAUGGACUUGCCGGACCUGAACACGAGAAGAUCAUCCUUCAAUUUGGAAAAGUAGGAAAGGAUAUAUUUACGAUGGACUACAGAUAUCCAAUCUCAGCGUUUCAAGCUUUUGCCAUCUGCCUCAGUAGCUUUGACACAAAGAUCGCCUGUGAAUGAGACAUCUCUACUGAUCAGGAUCAUGUUAGUGCAGUCAGUGAGAUUUUCUGUCUUACAACAAGAGCUAUUGAGUGGACAUGAAUGGGUCUAGCAAUUAAUGGUGUCAUGAGAGACCCUUGAAUUGAAUCGGAAAGAAGACGUGGGGGCUUAAUUGGAAGCCAGGCUUUGAAUUUCACAGCUCAUAUCUCCAAUUUUUGGUAACUUUUUGUGUCUACAGUACACAUUGAAUAUUUAUUUUCUUUGAUGUAUAUAUUAACUCUUUUGUGAAUGAUCCGAUGAUGCACCAAGAGGCCCCAUUCCUAUAUAAUAAUUUAUAUACUUUUAGGUGCUUGAUUUAUUAUUUAUUAUUUUUUUAUCUUUUAUCUUUAA